AUGUGUGCCAAGUAUGAGUUCGAGAAGCCAAACGAUCAAAGGGCCCUCGAUCUCAUGAACAUCGCGGCCAAGGCAGUAGUAGCGGAUCUGCCCGAGAUCAUGAUUGCGUAUGGCGUCAGUGACGAAUACAGUCGUGUGCCCUGUUCGAACGGAGGGCAAGGUUCGUCUUCCCGCGCCGAUCAGGACAAUCUUCUCCUCAUGCCGUCCUCCAGCAAGCUCGUCAGCACCAUCGUCUCCACCUUCACGGCAAACUACGUCUAUUCCUGGCCAACUGCCUUUCCCGAUACCCCCCUCAGUUUCCCGCUGCCCACCUUUGACGGCCGGGCGGUGUGUUACCCGAGCGUUCAGAACCUGAGAGACUACCUGAGCUGGCGCCAAGCUGACUGCCACAUCAACAAUCUCUACAACACCACGUUCUGGGCUCUCAUCCAGCUCGGUGGGCUCGACAACAAAGAGGCCGAGAAAUCACUCGCUGGAACUCUUGCGGCCGACAAGAACGAGAUAUUGUUCUCUCGAUUCGGCACCAACUACAACAAUGAACCGGAGAUGUUUAGAAAGGGAAGCGUCAUCUUUCGAGACUUUGAGCUUGCCGAGCCGGACGGCCACAAUGUCGCCCAAGAGAUGGAGGAUCUGGCUAUGCCGAUCGAAGGGUCUAAAAGUCGAGCCGACAAAGAACGCAAGCGUAGGACCAAAGCAAGAGUCGUGGUGGAACACCUGGACAUCAUCAAGGACGAUUUCUGGAACAGGAGGCCGUGGAUUCUGUCGGGAAAACCGGGCAAGGUUCCAAAAGAAACGUAA